UCUGUUGCUACGAAGAAGCAUGACGGUUGUGAGCUGGUUCAGGUCCCUGUUCUGCGGGACAAGGAGGUAACGGCAGGGACCUAACCGACACACGAGACCGUAGCGGUGGUCUGUUAGGACUAGUCGGACAGACGGCAGCCAUGGACGGAGGCAGGGAGCCUGGGCGGCCGCGGAGGGUGUCUGCUGCAGCGGAGCUCGGCGCUAACAGUCUGCUGCAAGAUGGCGAGCUAAUGGAAGUAGACCCGGGCAGAGAAAGUCACUGUGCUUCGGAGAAACCGAGUGGUGCCGGUGGGAGGAUGGAGAGGAGACACUCGAUGCCCCAGGUGGUUCACCAGAGACAUAUGCCCCGGGAGCCGCUCAAGUUCCACAUCCCGAGGAAAACCAAGGAAAAGAGAGCUCUGUUCCAGAACAUCUCUGCUGAAUCCAGAGAGUAUGAGGACAUGUUGACCAUCCUGACGUCCAGCUAUAUGGAUGCUGGCUCUGCAGGGUCCUUUAUCUACAGUAACCCCCGCCUUGUCCACAGCGAACAGUUGGAGAAGGAGUUUGUUGAUAAAAGGAGGGAGAUGAAGGCAGAUGGGAGAACAGACAAAGAGUUGGAGGAGGGAUACUGUUUCCUCAUGGCUGAAUCACAAAAGCUACAACCGCUGUGUGAGAAGGGGUUGUCGGUGGGUCACAGCUGGGUCACAGUGCUGGGAGAUCCUGCUAAAGGUGUGUAUCUGUCCAGAUAUUCAGACCUACUCCAGGUGAAUCUCUUUACCCCUGGAGCCUCAGGGGACAUCAUUAUCUUCAAAGUGAUGAAGGGUAAGGUGAAAAGCAUCUAUGAGAACAUGAAGAACCUGUUGGAUCCAACUCCUCGCUUUGAUAGUCAUCUGUCCAAGAACACCAGCAAAGUCACGGCACUCACAUCCUACCGUGCCUUCGAACUCACACAGCAAUACUUCUAUGAGUAUUUCUUUGAUGAGCCGCGGCAGCGUCCUCGACAGAUUUGGCCGUAUGCCGUCAUCUCCUUCCACUUCAAGGGAAAAGACUCUGUGCUUCCCAGCAAACCUCUGGCCCCUAUCAGAUCAAACAGCCAAUUAGCAGAGGGGAGUAAAGAUCUGUUCACGGUGUGGAAUGGAGAUCUGGUGAAAGGGGAGCGUCUCCUCUUUCAGGUCUGCCUUCGCUCCUCCUCUCCUCCCUUCAUUCCCCACAACUGUGAACCAGAGAAGCUGGACAUCAGUUGGUUGAUGAGGUUUGAUCAUGUGACCAGGCUCCUCCCCCCUGCUCUGUUCUCCUACAACUUGUACAACAGCAGCCACGAAGUGGUGAAGGACGGUCACUACUGCAGCCUGUUGGAGGUGGUGGACAGGAGCCGAUCAAUGACCAGCAUCACCAGACUGUUGAAUGAGCUGGAGAGGAAGAGGGUGGUUCUGGUGAUUCCACUGACUGAGAGAGGCAUCCUCUUCCUCCUGUCCAGUGUUCAGAUGGCCAUGCCCACUGAGCGAGGGGAGGGUUGGAGGCGUCUGCAGGCCUUGUUCAUCUUCCCUCAGAGCAGAAAAGUCAAACCCACAUUGCAGAGCUCCCUCUCCAUGGAUGAUGGUGGUUCAGUGAUGCCACGGCUGAAGCAGUUUCUCCCAGCGCUGCACCAGGCUCUGGUCAAAGCCCGGGCCAACCCCCCCCUUGACCUGUCGGCUUUUGUGGAGCACCAAACAGCAGAAUACCUCAAUGGGCUGAAUGAUGGGAAGGUACGAGCGUACCCGAUGGGGGAGUAUGAUGCCAAGACAGAUGAACAGAGCCAGCAGGUUCCUAUUCCUGUUCCUAAACACCACCAGCUCAACAUGAACAGCUACCUGCACUCCUACCUGUACAGCCAGAACCACUACCUGCUAUCGGUGGCUCGGGCCAGGCAGGUAGUGGAGGCCAGCGGUGGACCCGAAGAGCUGAGGGACCAGAAUCAAAACCAGGACCAGAGGACCACAAGGACCAUAAGGACCUGGGGAAGCCAGAGGAAGGCAACGGGGGAGGAGACAAGCGUCAGAGCUGAUAGACGGACCAAUCAGCAAAAAAAUAAUGCAGAGAACGAGGUGAGGAGAGAGAAAGAAGGUGAAGGCUUGGCCAAGACAGUGGGCACGAAGAGGAGGAUGGAGCAGGAGGUGACGGAGAGGGCGAUGAAGUUCCUCAGGGCGUCACAGGAACCUGGAGGAUCCAAUGAUGUCAGAGCUGACACCCCGUCCUCCCCUGGCUCAAUGACGUCUGUGAUUGGCUCUGUGGGUUUAAAGGAUGUGGAUUUAAGGGAUGAUGGAUCCAAGUUGGCAUCUGAACUUCUCAGCCUGCUGACAGGUCUGAACCAGACCACCAAAGGGACAGCCAAUCAGAGUGCUUGUGAGGUGCAGGAUGAAGGCCAGAGAGAAUCCUGCCCAUUUGAUAGGUUGGCCACGAAGCUGGGUCUGCCCACCAGCUGUGACCUUGACCUGAGGAAGCAGGACGAGCUAGAGGAGCAGACUACAGGCAGCAUCAGCAGUUUGGAGGGUUUCAGUCCUAGCUCCCACAGCGGGGAGUUAAACCACCACAGAGCAGCUGGCAGAGGGGGAGGGGGGCGGGGAUCAGGCCUGAACAGGAGUACAGGUGCCUACGAAGAGGAAGAGUCAGAGAUGGAGAUCCCAUGGGUCCUCAUCCCCAUCACAGGCGUCUGUUCAGAGCGUUACACCCACAGAGAGCGCAAACUCCCCCAGGACCCCCGCUUCCACCACCCCACUACAGGAACCAGGACCAGCCCCCCCAAUGACAGCCCCACCCCGUCCCCUGAGCCCAGCCCUCCUCCCUCCCCCUCCCAAUGCCCAUCACCUGAGCCCAGCCCCCCUCCUUCCCCAUCUCAGUGCCCCUCUCCAGACCCCAGCCCCCCGUCCCCCUCCCAAUGCCCAUCUCCAGAUCCCAGUCCCCCCCCUUCCCCGACUCAGUGCCCCUCCCCAGGGCCCACUCCUGCCCUGUCCCACACUGCUCAGCUCUGUUCCCCCCCCAGUACAUUUAACAGUCUCCACCAUGGUGCUAACGAGGAGCAGCCGGCAUCCCCCGGCCCCUGGGAGGGUCUAGGUACGUCUCCAUCUGUCUCAGGAGUAUCCACCCAACAAGAGGAGCCCUGUUUAUUAUCCACUCAUCCAACCCCAGAGGAGAGGAGGAGCCAUUCCCCUCCUCCUCCAGAGAGGGGAGGGGUUAAGGAGGAGGGGGAGGGGGAGGGGGAGGAGCUGCCGGUGACCUCCUGUCGGUCUCCACCCAUCUGCUCACCUCCUACUCGUCCUCAGGGCAUUGACAACAUCGUGGACAAACACCUGGGUGGUUUCUCUUCCGACAUCCAGCUUCUCCUGCAGGAGGAGAGUGUACAGUACAGCUUCCCUCAGGCCCCGCCCCCUGCCACACCCACAGACGCUCCCUCUUCGCAGCACAUGCUCCCACACACCCCCAUUGCUGCUUUCUCACAGUAUGUGUCCUUCCACCACCCAUGUCCUCCAGUGCAGGGCUACAUCAACUCACUUCAGGACAACAUCAGUAACAUGUUGACGCAGUUUGAGGAGCACCACCCUCCGCUCCGGAACAAUGUUGUCGACGCUACGUUGGCGAGUAGUGUCAGUGCGUUUGUGGCGAGCAUCCGAGCUGCCAAUGACGAUCAGAAUGGGACAGCAGCUGAUGAACCGCCUCCCAACAAUCCCCUGUCUACACCUCAUCAGGUCGCUGUAUCUGAUCCUAAUGUUGUUUCAGUCUGUAAUGAGCCGUCACAGCAGUGCCGGUCACCACAGCAGCGUCACCACAGCUCAGAAAGCAGCAGGACGGUCAGCUGUAUCAUCAGACAGACCGAAGAUGACAGCAGCAGUGAGGGCGCUGCUGCUGUGGAGGCCGUGGCCUUCAGCGGUGCACAAGCAGGUUCAGGUUCAGGUUCAGGCUCUGCCCCCCCCACCACAGACUUGAGCUCCCUGAUCAGCCAGCUGCAGCCAGAGGUGUUCACCAGUCUGGAGGAGAUCAUCAACGACGUCAGGAAGAAUUCACUGCAGUUCUACGUCCACAGCACUGAGGAGCAGGACCCGAUGGAUGCAGAUGUGAAGGAAUACCUGUUGAAACAGGGGAACAUGGAGCAGAGUCCUGCAGCCUUUCUGAACCAAGACAACUCCACCAACAGACUGUUGGUGGUCAUUAAGAACAAAGAUGUUGCAAGACACGUGCACCAGAUCCCAGGCCUGGUUUCUCUGAAGCACCAUCACUCUGUGGUGUUCGUGGGAAUCGAUAAAUUGGACGACAUCAGGAACAACAGUUACAACGAGCUGUUCGUGUCUGGAGGCUGCGUCAUCUCAGAUGAGUUGGUCCUAAACCCAGACUUCAUCAGCCACGAUCAGCUGACGUCGUUGCUGAAGGCCGUGGAAAAGCAGAGUUCUCCAGAGAGCGUCUGGAGAUGGAAGGUUCACUGCAAAACUCACAAGAAGUUGAAAGAGCAGGCAAGGUUCAGGAGAGAUGCUGCGAGCCUAUUGGACGUCCUGUCGGCCUAUCAGAAGCGUCAGAUCGUGGAGUUCCUCCCAUAUCAUCGCUGUGACAUGAUGACCCAUCAGUCUCCUGACCUGGACUGUCUGUUGGAGCUGCAGGCCCGGUACACUCAGUACCGUCACACCGUCUUCCUCACAGAGCGUCGCAUUGACUUCUCACAGUGGGGCAUCAUCGUGGCCAGUGUCGAUGAACUACAGCACAACUUCAGCAGACUGAUUGGUUACCAUGACAACAAGGACAGGCAGCUAAUCACAGAUGACCUGCAGGAACCUAAAGGACAACCCCCCCCCCUGCCGUCCAGUGACCUGCCCCAGGGUCUCCCUCUUUGGUCCAGUCCAGCUGUCCCUCAUGCCCCCCAUCUGUUGGACCAGCUAGUUCCAGAGUCCAGUCCUGCAGCAUCCUCUUCCAAGGAUGGGCUCCUGCUUCACUCAGACUCGGACAUGGAGUUCCUUCACCAGGCCAUUUCUCAGCUCAGAGCCCAGCGCCAGGCCCAGGCCCAGCUGAUUCAGUCUCAGGUCCUGGAGCUGGAUGCUCAACCUCUGACAUCCCGUAAUAAGGAGGGGCUGUUAGAGAAGAAGGCCUAUGCCUGCACCCCCCCCUCAGGUCUGAGAGGAACCCCGACAGUGAAGAAGGCAGUGGCGGCGACACUGGAGUUGAUCCACUCAGCACUGCAGCCAGAACCGGAACCAGAACCGGAGCCAGAGAUCAAGGAGGACAACCAGACCACAGGCCCACUGGUGUCUCCCAGUGUCCGUUCACCAUCACCACUGUCCAAUCACAGACCCGCUACAUUGACACAAGCAUGUGACUCCAACUCAGCCAAUGAGAGGAGAGAUGGGCGGGACCCUACUGACCAGGCCACGGCAUGCAGUAGUAGCAGCUCCAGUCUGACAGAGGGCGACAGGGGAAGGUUAGUGAGAGCCUCUGAGUCCCACCAAUCAGAUGGAGCCAAUGCUACACUAACAGGAAGUGUCACCAUGGUAACAGACCAGGAGGACACCCCAGCCUCCGCUCUGCCCCGCCUCCACCCUCAGCAUCAGCUCCGACACCCCCAGCGGGGGAGCGGUCUCAUGUACCCCCCCCAUCUGCCGCUCAUCCACAACCACCCUUUCCCCCACAGAGCCAUGCUGGGAGGAAUGAGGGGUCUGCUGGGGCCAGCAGCCCCUGGCUGGCCCGGGCCCCUCCAGCACACCGCUCUGGUCUGGACCCUCCCCAGCAGGUUCCACCCCCCCGCAGGCCCGGGCAGCACAUACAGGGGCCAGUCACGGGGGGGGUUCAACGGGAUGUAGACCAACCCGGGUCCAGAACCUAGGUGCAGGACCCAGAUCCAGAACCCAGAUCUAGGUUCAGAAAGUGACGCUUACGCUGAAGCUGAAACCUGAACUUAAACCGAUGUCAGUUCUGAUAUGUCCGAUGUGGGGACUCAGACUGUUUACUUGUGUUUUCAGCUGAAAUCACUGAUGAAAUCACUGGAGUUUUAGUUCUUUUUCAGUCAUUGGGUUCAGUUUGAAGCUGUUUGUUUUGGUUGGAAAUGUUCUUUUCUGGUUUUAUUGUGGGCACAGGUCCAGCCAUUUAUCAGUUUUUCCUUUUGGCUGCGACAUGAAGACCCAACUCCCCGACUGUCUUGAACGCACCACGAGUCUGCUUUGACAUUUGGAAGGUUGUUCCAGAAAACAUGUACAGUGAUGAAUCCACUUAUUUAAGAAACUGAAUCAAACAGGAAACAGACUGAAGAGGACUGACCUUCAGCUCCUGUUGAAUUAAAAUGUCUGCUGUUUGUUUUUUGUAACUGUGUGUAGAAACAGAACACUUUUAACUUAAAAAUGUUUUUUAUGUUUUUUUUACACCAGUAUUUUGUAUUAAAAGUUAGCAACAACCUGA